AUGAGUCGCCUCGAAGAGCUCGGCGAUGUAGAAUUGCAAAACGAGGAUGUCUCGAGAGACCUGACAUGGACCACUAUACUGACGUGGGGUGCCAUCACCUAUACCAGCAUGCUCAUUGUGUUCAUCAGCAUAUGCAGCUGUUAUCCUUCACUCAUUGAAGUAGGGCUGCUUUCACUGCUAUCCCACAGAAGCUCCUCCGGCCCCUUUCUUGCGUAUUCCCACAGAGUUGGUCAUUUUGAGAAACCGGCGGGGUUUGACAUCGUUGCACUGGUACCCUACAAGCAUCAUGAGCAGACGUCUGUUUUGGACUGUUAUCUGCAGAAAAAUCUUGCCGACAAUCAUGGGUUCCUUGACAAAGUGGUUUUUAUUCCGCAGUCGAAUGAUACGGCGAGUCUUGCAUGGCUGGCCUCGAUUGUCCAAGAGACGUCCGCCUACAGGGUUUGGACAUCACCUGCUGAUGUUUACCGGGAACCGAAUAGUCGUACGCUGUUCGUCUGGCUGGACGGCGAUGUUGUCUUUCUGGAAGACCACACUAUUCCAACCAUUGUCAGAACAAUGCUCGACAACCCGGAUUCGUUAGCGGUCUCUGCAAAUGUCAUCAACCACGCAGCUCUUAAGGCACUUCACAGUCAUUCUGGGGUUGCUUUGCCCUACCUCCCAGAACUUCUUCAUCAGGCUUCGGCAGCUGCGCAACUGCCACCUGCAGCAGAUCUAGAUUGGCGUACUUCAAAUCUUCCGCCGUGGACGGGACCAGAAGACUUCCGAGUCCUAAAAGGAUUUGCUCCGCCCGGCAACAAGCAUCGCUGGCUCCUUUCAGAUGAUGAACAGGUCGAUCGGACUCCGAUCAGCACAUCCAUGUACACUACUGAUGGACCGGGCUUUACGGAUUGGACUGUCAAAGCUCAACAGCAUUACUCUUUCCUGCACCACCUUGAAUUGGACGAACUUCACCGAUACAAAUUCCCCAAAUGGAGCAAUCCUGGAGACGUCAGCCCGAAUCUUCUGUGCUUCUGGGAUGCUGAUGCGAAUGCCGUGCAGUCCAACAUCCUGCACGUUAGUUCCUACGUACCAUUCGGAUUCAUCGAGGAUGCCAAUAAGCCUACCAAACGCACUAUCAUCGAUGGCAAAGGGUUGGCGGCACAUUACUCGGCGUACGCAGGCGCCGAAGAUCUGGACUCUACCGAUAUUCUUCAACGGUACGAGGCGUACGCGAAAGAAAUGAUUUGUCCCAAAGUUUUCUGA